AACUGGACUGGAUUGUACGACACAAUCUCAAUAUCCCAUAGGUAGGUCACUCUCCCCAACCCCAAGCAGAGAAGAGCUGUCCCAACCCAAAGAAGAAAAAAGACACAAUGGAGGGCACCUCAACUUUGAGAUAAUAGAAGAUUGGAAAGAACAACUCCCCAACAAACAGUGGAGCCCCAACUGUGAAUCCCAUCCUGUUCCUCACUUUCUCCGUUGUUAGACCAUCCAAGACUGUUGCUUAUCUUGGAUUUCGCAUUGAGUAAUUGAAUUCUCAUAUUGUAGAUAGUUCCUACAAGAAUUAUAUUUUGAUUGUCACAGUCGCUUGUGAGAGAGAUGGAACAAGGUCCAGAAGCAGUUCUAAAUCUUCAACCUAGCUCUUCGGUUUCUAUUUCAUAUCAUCCACUCUUUGGUUCUCAUGAUGAUAUAAUGCUACUGGAGCUUGAUGAGAAACUUCUCCCAGACAUUCUUAACCAACGGGUAGUUGUGAGAGGACAGCCUGACGAAGAUGCUGUUCUUUGCACCAAAUCAAAAACUUAUGCUAUGAAAUUUGUUGGAACUUCCAACUCUGUCUUCCUCGUACCACCAUCAGAUCACUCAGAGUUUGCUGUUAGUACAAUAGAUUGUGAUCAGAAAGUUCAAAAUGAGAUACCUGUUGCAUCUGUUAUAAAAGUUGCACCCGGUACUAUGGAACUUGUUGAGGUUGCUCCCAAACUCGACAAGCUUAAGCAUCUCCUCUUUAUGAACCCUUACAGCUCUGAAGAUGACAUAGAAAUGGAGGAUUUUUCAGAAAUAGAGCGAGGACUGUUUACAUGGGAUGAUCUUGGGGAUAGAAUUCAAGCUAGCGAUGACGAGUUGAGGUCUGGCUUACAAGCUCUCUCUGCUGUGGAAAUUGAUGGGUAUUGGAGAGUUGUGGAUGAAAAGUACAUGGAUACGAUGCUUAAGAUGAUUUUGAACAAUUCAGUGUUGAAUGACUGGUCUUUGGAUGCACUUGAUCAGAAUAAAGUUGUGGAGGUGCUGCAAUCAGAUGGUUAUCCUCGCAAACUCGUGGAGCAUUGCUUGUGUGUUUUUUGUCAAAAUUUAAUUGAAGGUGUGGACACAGGUAGUGUGUGGAAGAUAGAUGAGAAGAAGGUUUGUGUGCAUUUUGCAAAACAAAUCUUGAAAGGUGGAAAGAGGAAGAUGGAGAGUUUCAUGGAGGAGUGGAAGCAAAAGAUACCAGAAGGUAUGCAAAUUAAUUUUGACAUGCUGGAAGGUGAAGUCUUGACUGAGAGGCUUGGUGUUGAUGCCUGGGUUUAUGCCUUCAGUGUUUCAUCUCUGCCAUCAACUCCAGCUGAGCGUUUCUCUAUUCUUUUCAAAGAGCGGCAGAAGUGGGAGUGGAAGGACUUGCAACCUUACAUCAGGGACUUAACUGUACCAGGUCUCUCAUCAGAAGGUUUGCUUCUCAAAUACACUAGAAGAACACAACCCAAAGCAGAUGCAGAACCUGUUUUUAGCGCAAGAUAAUAUAGAAAAACUCUGUUUUGUGAGAGUUUAAACGAAGUAGAGUUUUGUCUUCGUGCAAGUUUGAACUGACCUUGUUAGUUUAGAUAUCAAUUUGGUGUGCUUCAUGAUUAAUAUAUUUUAUAAAAUUAACAUAAUGUGAACCUCCUAGUCCACUAUGAUAUUAUUAAGCAUAUUUGUUGAUUGUUGUUU